UAUAAAACACUGCGUACGCACACCUGUACGCAAUCUUUGCUUUAUAAAUCACAUACUGACUAUAAUUGUGCGCAGCUGAAUCAGCUUCACGUUCCGCCCUCUACACGCCCCUUUUUAACCAUAAAUGGUCAAUGCAAAUGACCUCAUGAAUGCGAUCUGCAUAUAAAACAGACUCAGAUGCCGGUAUUAUGUCUUGUUGGAAACAAUGGCAGAAGUACUGAGAAAAUCAAAAAAGCGAUAUUUCACGGAGGUUGAAGUGGAGACACUUGUGGGUGAGAUGGAGGCCCGAAAGGUAGUUUUGUUCGGCGGUCACGGGAUUGGAAUCGCCAACAACAAAAAGCAGAGUGAGUGGCAACAUGUUGCUGCAGCAGUGAACUCUGUCAGUAGCACGGAGCGCACAGUCCCAGAAUUAAAAAAGAAGUGGUCUGACAUAGAGUUACAUAUUUUUAUGUAGCCUACCAAUAAAUCGUUAUGGUCCCUAAAUACCCUCUCCCUCCGAAUCCUGCAUGGUCCGCCAGAAGUGCCAUAUGGUGCAGCAUUACCACGGCGCUCACCUCUGUAUUUAUAGGGUUACGGUAAUAAGACUGACGAGAACGCCUUGGAUAAUCAGUUUGUAAUUACCCACGUAAAAUGUUCUUGAACAUAACCCCUUUUUAAUGCCUGAUUUGUCAUGAAAAGCAUAACGGACAACGAUUGUGAUGAGUGUGGCUUGGUUUUUCACACUUGGGAUUUAAUUGACAUUUGAUCAUGUGUUUACAGUGUCACAUAAAAAUAUUAUGUUAUUGACACAUGUUGGACAGAUGCUUUAUUCCAUGCAGUCGCGCCGUCAGUGGACAGUAUGGAGUGACGGGAUUAAAUAUAGAGAAUUUCUUUUUAUUUCUAUUCUAAGGAGAUAUUUCUGGAGUUAUAACUGAGAAAUAACGCAGUGGACUUAAAUUAACACAUGAUACGGGUUGAAAUUAAAUUGAUGAAGGGCGAUGAUAAAACAUAAUCGUUCUUCUCACUCUGCAAUUCUUCGGUCUGACUUCAGUUCACCACCACACCGUCUGUGUCGCCAGUUCUCCUUUUCCUCCAAAUCAUGCGUACGCAUGGGUCAGAGUUUGCUUAGGGCUGCGCACAUUUUCCCGUCAAGUUGGUUUUUUAUGGAUCACAACCUUGGCGUGAAAAGUCACGUACGCAACUUUCAGCCCCGUUUUGUGCGUACGCAACGGUUAUAAAUGAGACCCCAGGCCAUUAGGGGCAGAGGAAGUAGAGGUGGAAGACGGGGAGCAAGAGGCACUGGACGAGCGGGAAGAAGCAGGAGACGCGGGGCUGCAGUAAACCUGGGGCAGGAUGAUGUACUGCGAGUGGAGAACCUGCAAGCUCUAAGGAUAGCAGAUGAGCAGGCAAGAAUUCAAAGUCUGGAUCUGCAAAUGUCGCAUCAUUUGCUCCAGCACUGCCUGACACGCGACCCCAGCCUCAUGUUCGACCUGCUCACCAUGUCAUCCACAGAUCCUCCUCCAUCAGGCCCUCAAGUGAGAGAUAAACCCACCUGGUGCAUCUGCCACAACUGCAGGGAAAUGCCGACGGACGUGGAGCGCAAGUGCUGUGGGCAACAACCUCACUCAUGUAUAGCAAUGCUGCCCCACAUCGAGGCAUACAUUCUGCAAGAGGGGCACCUGCGCCUUGCAAUCAGAAUCUGGAACGAUGUGCGGGCUUUGGGUGACCUUCCAGACCCAGGGGAAAGCAAGAAACAAUUUCGCUAUGCUGCAUACCGACAGUUUGUUGUGUGGCAAUAUGGGGCACUGGGAGCAGGGAACAGAGUGGUCCUACCCAGUUGCUGUGUGUGGAAGAUAAGAGACCGCUUUCCAGAUCCACACGGACAAUAUAAAGGCUUCAGUUUAUUUGUAUCUGUGUGAACGUUUUUUAUAUAAUGUACAUCGUUUUUAUUUAUAUUUUUUCCCCAGGAGUAAUUAAAAAUGCAGAGUCCUUUUGUUUUUAUAUUGUUUGAAUAAAAAAAGGAAAAUUACUUUGGUGGUGACGUGGUGAAGGACCCCAGCCCACAUAUCCUAAGGAAAAAUGUAUAAAUGAGUAAUGACGUCAGUAAGAAAUCAAACCAAGCUUGCGCAAAAACUAUUCAACAAAAGGGUCAGACCCAGAUAAAUAUUAUACCAUAACACUUACAAAGAAGUCUUCAUAAUUGUCUGAAGUCUUGCAACAGUACCAAAAGUGGUUACAGAUGUCCCUGUUCCAGGUCUGUAGAAUGGUACACUGUCUUUGCUGUCCGGCCUUCACACACAAAACAAAAUAAUGGUAGGAUGUCAACUUGGUGUAUGAAAAUACAGUGGAGUCUAGCCGAUUAAAAAUAAGCUUUAUCUAUCAAAAGAGGAAUCAUAAACUUACUGCAUGAAUUUUCUUUCCCAAGCCUUUUGACCCAUGCCACAUGUCCAGGGUGUCUUUCACCCCACUGUCUUUAUAUAUCCCUUUGUCUGUAGGACAAAAUAAGUCAUAGAAUAUAUAGGCAAUGUGAAAAUCAAUUUCCAAACAUAGAAAAUUAUAAGUGAUGAAUGUGGUCUGAGAGUGCAUGCAUAAAUAAAGAUUUGUACAAUUACCCCUGUAAUGAUAAAUAAUCUCACAGCUUCACUAUACGUUUGAACAAGCAAACUAAGACACAGAUCAUGCUUUAAGUAAUAAUAAUAAUACAUUUUAUUUAUAAUGCACUUUAUAUUCAAGAAUCUCAAAGUGCUUCAGAGAAAAAAAUACCAAAAAACUAUCAAAAAAAGG